CAAAUCACGAUCCCCAAUUCUGGCCCACUUCCUCUUUGAUAUCUGCAGAGCCGCCUCCUCUCGCUCUUUGCUCGCUGAUUUAUGCACUCCGAUGAUUCACUGACCAGAGAACUCUCUGCCUACUCGAGAUUUUUGAGCGUUAUUGUGACGAAAAAGGGGGAUCUCUCUUUGGUCUUUUUUUUUGGGUGCAAGGAAACAUGCACAACAUCCAGCGUCUGAUCUCAAGACUUGCUUCCACAUCGCUGAAUACAAACACUACUGCAAGGACUGGAAUACAAUCUCAAUGGUUCAUCAGCUCCCGAGGGUUUUCUGUGAAAUCAGGUAGUAGAGAUGGAAAUGAGGGCAAUGAUGAGUGGGAGAAAGCUUUUGGUGGGUCAGAUGAGCUAGGCUGGGAUGCAGUAUCUUCCUGGUCCACCGGAUUGACCAAGGAACACUUUGAUGGAGAGGCGGUUGGCCACAGUACUACCUCUUCCAGUGACAGUGGAGGAGGUGGAGGAUUGGAUGCAUCGCAGACUGCCUUGGUCUCUGGCUUGCAAGAGAUUGAUGACAGAUUGAGGGAAUUGGAUGCAGAGAACAAGAAGGGAAAGGCCUUCGUUGAUGGAUGGGGGAAGAGACUGCGGGAGAUGAGUGUACUGUUGAAGCAAGUGAGGGAGCCUGGCUGUAGAGGAACAUACCUUAAGGACUCUGAGAAGGCUGAGAUGUAUCGAUUGCACAAGGAGAAUCCUGAUGUCUACACGGUCGAGAGGCUUGCCAAGGACUAUAGGAUCAUGAGGCAAAGGGUGCAUGCCAUUCUUUGGCUCAAAGAACUCGAAGAGGAAGAGGAGAAAAAGCUUGGUCGUCCCUUGGACGACUCUUUUGAGCUCCUGCUUGAUACCUUCCCCGAAUUUUUCAAUUCCCAUGAUCGAGAGUUUCAUGUGGCUUCACUUCCCUAUAAACCCGACUUUAAGAUUAUGCCAGAGGGCUGGGAUGGGACCACCAGAGAUCUUGAUGAAGUUCAUUAUGAGAUAUCCAAGAAGGAGGAUGAUAUGCUUUAUGAAGAAUUUGUCCAGAAGAUGAACUUCAAUAAAAAAAAGAUGGCCGGAGAAGUAAAACACCACAAGUAUAGCCGGCGCCGUCCUUCUGAUGGUUGGAACAUCACCGUGGAGAAACUGGGACCACGAGGAAAGCGUGGAAAUGGGGGUGGCUGGAAGUUUGUUAGCCUGCCAGAUGGGUCGAGCCGCGAGCUCAACGAAAUGGAGAAAAUGUAUGUGAAACGAGAGACUCCCCGCCGCCGACGCAAGAUUCUCCCUUGAUAUUCUAGUUUUGAGAUAGAUGCUAAAAUCAAUGACUCUCCUGUAGUGUCUGUAUACAAACUUGUAUUUCUGGCAUCAUUUCGUCAACACUUUAUGUUCUUCCCAUCGUUUACAAUAAAGCAUUUGAUGCUUUGGUUCCAUCCA